GAGCACGAACGGGAGCGGAGCGGAGCCGGGAAGGGAGGGAGCGGGGCGGGGCGGGAGCGCAGCCGAACCCGGCCCAGGGCCGCGCCGCCCCGGCCGCGCUUUGUUGUCUCGAGUCCCGGCCGCAGCAGCGCGGGCCCGACGGGCAGGAUGUCCCAGGAGAACCUCCUCGGGAUGGACGAGGGAGCGCUGCGGAAGCUGCUGGAGGCCACACUGGACCUGGCUGAGCGGCGCCGCAUCCGCUCGGCUAUCCGGGAGCUGCAGCGGCAGGAGUUGGAGCGGGACGAGGAGACGUUGGCAUCCAAGCGCUUCCGCCCAGAACGCAGCAGCCACCGACAGGACAACAAGGAGAAUUGGCCACAGUCCCAGCGCCUGGAAGAGGAGCAGGAGGCAGCCCUGGCUGCCUUGUCUGAGCAGCUUGAAGCCAUCACCAGUGUGGAGGAACUGACAAAACUGCUGCGGGCAGCGGGUGAGUAUGAGGAGCGCAAGCUGAUCCGAGCUGCCAUCCGUAAGCUGCGGGCUGAGGAGAUUGAAGCCGCGAGCCUGGCUGGGAAUCUGCAGAGCAGCCGAAGGGAUGGCAGCAAGCCCCGCACCGUGCCUGGGGAAAUGAAAAUUGUCCAGAGGGACAAUGCUGAAACACCAGCCCUUACUGGGAGUGAAGAAAGCUGUGGUGAAGGCAGCACCAAACCUCCAGACACAGACAAGAGCGGGGAGAGCAGCCAGCAGGAUGAUGUAGAGCCCGCAGUGGCUGGGCCAGAGGAGAGUGGAUAUGAGGAGGCUGUGGAGCAGGCCCCUGCUCAGGAGCCGAAAGGCUCAGCGGCCUCCAGGCAAGAGGAUGUGGUGGAGGAGGAGCAUGUCCCAGCUGGGAUGCAAGAGCUGUGCAGCCAGCAGGCAGGAGACCCUCAGGAACCCAGUGCUCAGGCUGUGGUUUCGGGGACCGUCGUGCUCCUGGAGCUGCAGCCAGCCUCAGAGCCCAAUCCAGAGCCUGAGGAUGGUGGUGAGGACCUGCAGCAGGGUCUGCCCCUGGGGCAGCCCCCAGCAGCCUGGAAAGAAGGGAACCUGGGCAGCCCUGCCAGCGCCCCAGAGCCCAGUGUGGCACAUAGCGCCAGAGGGGAGCAACUCACCCUGGGCCAGCCCAGUGCUGGCAGCCAGCUUCAUGUUGGGGUGCACGGCCAGGUGCUGGGGCCAGGUGGGAGACACACAAGGCCAUCAGUGGCAUCAGUGCCCACCCAGGAGGACACGGAGACCCCGGCUCGCCUGAAUACUCACCGGUGGAAGCUGGUGCCCUCCUCUCCUUGCCUUGCUGGCCCCACGGAGCAGCGUCCGGCCCCGCGCCCCGUCGGCUCCCGCCUCGACGCCAUGAAGACCUUCUUCACCAUCGAGAUCAAGGAUGGGCGCGCGCAGCCCCUGGCGCCCCGCAUCACGGCCAUCCCCGGCAGCCAGCGGGCAGAGGUGACUCUGGAUCUGCGGAGCACCCCCAUCCGUAUCACCACCAUCCCUAGCAGCGUCAGCAGCAUCUGCAACAUCAGCAGUGUCAGCAGCAAUGUCACCAAGGACCCUUGCACCCACUUUGAGGGCACUGAGGAGCCCAGUGACCCUGUGGCCCAUCCACCCACUUUCUCCAGUACGCGCCAGCAGUCGACCCUGCAUCUCUCUCCAAGCAACAGCAGCAUGGAGCCAGAGAUGGUGGAGCAGCAGCAGGCACCAAGGCGAGAACCAGAGCUGCCCAACGGCAUGGAGAAGGUGCAAGUGAGGGAGGUGGAGAGAAGGAGCAAGCUAAAUGUCGAGGAGCUGAGCAAGAUUGAGGAUGAGGAUGUUCUGGAUAAGAUGUUGGAUCGGACAACAGACUUUGAGGAGCGACGGCUGAUUCGAAAUGCCAUGCGGGAGCUGCGCCAGCGCAAGCGAGACCAGCGGGAGAAAGAGCGGGACCAGCGGCUGCAGGAAGCGAGAAGCCAGUCUGUGACAGGAAGGGCUGGCCAUGCCACAGAGACCACCACCACGCAGAGCACUCAGUCAGCCGAUGGCUCAGCACGCAGCACUGUCACAAAGACUGAGCGUCUUGUCCAGUCUAGUGAUGGCACCAAGACCUCUCGUACUACAACUAUGGAGUCAAGUUACGUGAAGAAAUCAGACAAUGGCAACAGGACUUUCGUUCAAACCAAAUCAUCCUACAGCUCCUCAUCCAAAAAGACAGGCAGCAUUUUUGACCGUGAAGAUGAGAGUGCUUCUCGGCAGAGCAGCCUGGCUGCACUGGAGCGGCGUCAGGCAGAGAAGAAGAAGGAACUAAUGAAGGCUCAGAGUCUGCCCAAAACAUCGGCCUCACAGGCACGCAAAGCUAUGAUGGAGAAGCUGCAGAAGGAGGGUGGGAGUUCAAACCCUGCAGCAUCACAGACUGCCGUGCAGCGCUCCUCCAGCUUUGGCGUGCCUAAUGCCAACAGUAUCAAGCAGAUGUUGCUGGACUGGUGCAGAGCAAAGACCCGGGGCUAUGAGCACGUGGACAUCCAGAACUUCUCAUCCAGCUGGAGUGAUGGCAUGGCCUUCUGUGCCUUGGUCCACAAUUUCUUCCCUGAUGCAUUUGACUACAGUAAGCUGACGCCCCAGAACCGCCGCCAAAACUUCGAGGUGGCCUUCUCUUCUGCAGAGACGCUGGUGGACUGCGUGCCGCUGGUGGAGGUUGAAGACAUGAUGAUCAUGGGGAAGAAGCCUGACGCCAAAUGCGUCUUCACCUACGUGCAGUCCCUCUAUAACCACCUGCGUCGCCACGAGUUGCGCAUGCGGCAGAAAGAGUGCUAGAGCCUGCCUUUCCCACCCCCACUGCUGCCCUCGCCCCAGAGCUGCCUGCGGGUGAGGGAGCUGCUUGCCUGGGAGGGUCUGGGGGGCCAUGGGUCUGGCACUGGGGACAGGAGAACUCUUCCACCGGGCCACCCCCACACAUCUGCCUUGGCAGAGCUGCUUCUGUCUUGACCAGCUGUGGGCAGAGCCAGGUGGGUGCUGCUGGGGAUGCUCCUACCUUGGCUUGCCCCCCUUGCUCCAGCCUUUUAAGUUAUUUGUUCUGCAGGAAUUAUUUGCCCUGCAGAUACCAUCCCUGUGUCCCUGAGGUGGCACAGGCACAGCUGUGGGGCCAAUUCACGGGUCUGUGACUGAGCAGGACUGUGCAGUGCAGCGAGGAUCACUGUACAUCCUGCAGGCAGCACCUGUCAGUGGUUCCCUUGGCCCCCUGCAAGGAAGCCUCUCUGCCCACUGCAGGCCUUGCUUGGUGUCACCUCCCUGGGGACAGCUCUACAACCAUGCCAACUCCCUGCUUCCCACCUCCACGUGCAUCUGAGGCGCUACCACAUUAGGGGCACCUGUGGGCUGGGGAGGGGGGUGCAAGGUGAACGGACCAAGCUGGGACAACCGCCCCCACUCUCCUCCAGCUCAGGCCACCCAUAUGCUCAGCGCUACUCGCCCCUCUGUCACAUCUCUACACCUGCGCUGACAUAUGUACCAACACCAGCCAGAUAAUAAAGGUUGAUCUAGG